GACCAGCUCUCUCUGCGAUCGAAGCUGUUACUCGGUUUAGGCCAGGGAGUCGAAGGCAUCUGGAUCACCAUCGGGGGCUUCUACUUGAACAAGUUCUUCUUGGAGUCAUGCUGCAUUGAGCCAGUCUUCGUCGCCAUCAUCCAGCUCUGCGUCGGCCUCUUUGAUGCCUUCAACGACACGCUGAUCGGAGCUCUCUCCGACAAGACGAGAACCCGUUUUGGGAGGCGCCGGCCCUGGCUGCUCUUUGGCGGGCCCUUCAUGGCCGUGGCGUACGUCUGCGUCUGGAACCGGCUCCCUCUCGAGACACCGCAGGAGAUGAAGAUGCUCUAUUAUCUCGGCUCGUACAUGGCCGUUAGUUUGGGCCUCACUUCCAUAGCGGUGCAGAUCGGUGCUUUGGUGCCGGAGUUGACGAGCGACUACAACGAGCGGACCAUCGCCGCGGGCUUCCGAGUGAUCGGUGGCAACAUCUUUGGCGUGGUCUUCGCAGUGCUGCACACAGGGCUGGUCGGGCCGGAGGCUGAGCCGGAAUCUUUUAUGCUCAGCGCAGUCAUCUGCGCCAGUUGCAUCUGGAUCUUCUCAUGGACAGUUUUCUGCGGCAUUCAGGAACGGCCGGUGGUAGAGGAAGUUCCGGUGUCGACGGGAAUCGUCACAGAAAUCUCCCUGGCUUUGCGAAACAAAGCCUUCUGCUACGUGUGUCUGAUGUACGUCGCCGGCCCCACAGCCGUCACGCUGAUGCAGUCCAACAUCGCUCUCUUCUGCAAGUACAUCCUCGAGGACGAGGCCAUUCUCAUCCUUAUUCUUCCAAUUGUUCAAGGCACAGCGUUGCUGAUGAUUCCUGUCUGGGUCGUGGUGGGCCAGAAGACCAGCAAGCGCCACGUGUACAUGAUCGGAGGCUGCUUGCUUACCCUUGCCAUGUCGUGCCUGAACUUCAUUGAGUCUACCUCGGCAGCUGUGGUCGCCGCCGCUGUCAUUGGCGUGGCCCUGGCCGUGCCAUACCUCGUGCCUGUCUCCAUGCUUCCUGACGUUGUGGAGGCAGAUGAGGAGAUGACUGGGCGGCGGCGUGAAGGAGUUCUUGCUGGACUCUUCACCACUUCCCUGAAGCUGUCGGCCACGGCCGCAAAUGUCUUGACCAACUUUACGCUGGAGCAGGCUGGCUACAUGGCGCCGCCCUCCCGGUGCGAAGCAGCAGGUCCUGCAGCACUGGCGGCACCGGUGUCGGUGAUAGAUGUGCAACCUGUCACUGUGCGGCAGGCCUUGCGCUGGCUCGUGGGGCCAAUCCCCGCAGCCUUAGUGGUUUUGGCGACCUUCGCUGCCUGGCGAUUUCCGAUCACGCCCGAGGUGCACGCAAAGAGGCGGAGCGGGCGGUUUGGGGCUCCAGAGUCCAUUACACCCUGA